AAAGCAUAUAUAUGCAGCGCGUACAUAGACAUAACCUAAGAGUUUACCCAACUGGGCCGGCACAGCAGCACAACAUCUCUACCAACUAGGCCGUCGCGGCAGACUCAGCCGCGACGGCAAUAGGGAUCACCCAUCUGUUAGGAAUAUCUGAGACGAUAUGCGUCGAUCUCAGGCCCUGCUGAGCAGGGUGUGGUUGCAACAGAGUGCGCAAGCAUGGAGCCAAGUCCUGCCAUCUACCCAACUCAGCGCCGUCCAUGCCUCAGCCCAUACUCGCUCCGCAACUUCUCAAACCAGCCAAAGAUGCAUCCUUCCAGCGACACAGCUGAUCCGCGCCCUGGCGCAAGCCCAUCUUCUCUUGCCGACUUCACCAAUUCCCUCGGACAUCCACGGCGUCGCGUCCUCGCCUUUCGCCGCGCUAACCUGCCGGCAGCUUCACAGCAGCGCUGCUGCUCAGGCGGAGGACGGAGCUGAUCGGGCGGCAGCGCUGCGACGGCUUGCGGCAGCUCGCACUCGGCGGCAGCGCAGUGUUGCUGCUGCGGAGGUAGCUCGGGAGCGCUCAGCCGCUUCUGAGGAGGGGGACCUGCAGCAGCAGCAGCAGGCUGCGCAGGGGGGAGAUGCGUUGGCCCCCGCUGCGCCUACCGCGAUGAUAACGCCGGUGGAGGGCAAGGCGACUGAGGCUCAGCUGGCGGCGGCUCUGGACCACGCGGCCCUCAUCGUCACACGACCCAUCGAGUGGGGCACCGUCAUCUUCGGCUACGAGCAGGCUAACAAGUACACGGUGUACGACGAGGCGGGGCGGCUGGUGGCGCUGGUGGCGGAGGACUGGGGCGGCUGGGGCAAGGAGGUGGGGCGGCAGCUGCUCAGGCAGCGCCGCUCCUUCACGGCUACUGUGUUUAGCGCGGAUGGCUCCCAGGUGUUGUUCCGGCUGCGGCGCCCCGCCUACCUGGUGUCGUCCACCAUGUUCGUGGAGGACGGGGAGGGCGCCCCGAUAGGCGAGAUCCACCAGCGCUGGCACCUCAUGAAGCGCAACUACGACCUAUACAUGGGCAAGAGCCAGUUCGCAGCCAUCUCGGGCAACUUCCUGGCCUGGGAGUUCCAGCUGCAGGACGCCUCGGGCGCCACUCUGGCGCUGGUGGACCGCAACUUCCAGGGCUUUGCCAAGGAGAUUUUCACGGACGCGGGAAAGUACGUGGUGCACUUCGGGGGGAACCAGCUGCAGCAGCAGCAGCAGCAGCAGGCCGAGCAGCAGCCGCAGCAGCCGCAGCUGCAGCAGGUUGCUGGGGGAACGGGGGCGGCAGCAGCGCCUCACCAACCGGAGCAGCAGCAGCAGCAGCAGGAGGCGGCUCCAGGGGCAGGUCCGGCAGCUCCGGCAGCGGGCGCUGCUGCUGCGGCCACCCCCGCCGCUACCCCCGCUGCUGCCACCCCCGCUGCGGGAAGCCCUGGUGCUCCCCCCUCGGUCACUCCCAUGGCGGUGGCGCGAACGGAUGUGCCGGUCAUCUCCACGUCAGGGGGCAACCAACUGGUUGUCGCCCGGCCGCUGGCCCUCCCCGAGCGCAUGGUGGCCCUAGCCUGCGCACUAACCAUCGACUACGACUACUUCAGCCAGCACAGCCGGCACGGGGGCGGGCUGGUGCCGCCGGUGGUGGUGCCCGUACCCAUGCCAGCACCGGUGCCGGGG